GGGCGUAGCAGUGACUGCAAUAAGCAGGGAGUCUGGAACGUUCCCGUAUAGUUGCUCAACAGCAAAAAACAUUAGGUUUCCUCGAGCCUUUCCUCAAAAAAUAGGUAUUUCAGAAUUAUGCAAGCAUCCCAAGAACACUAUGAAUUGUGCCAUCGGGGGCAAUGAGGGUUUCUUUGUAAUGAACCGUAUUUGGAGUAUGAAUCUGAGGACAUACCUUUGCAUGCUCUAUAACGCAUAUGCCAUUAAUGCCGUCCUUGGAAACUGUCCAGGCAAAUGCCUAUGUGAAAGUUCAAACAAAGUACAAUGUCAAGACGAAACCAUCACAGAAAUCCCCAGUAAUAUACCUCAUGAAACCAUUAAUCUCUUCAUAAGUAGAACAAGGAUCUCUGCUCUUAAUUCCAACGACAUUGAACUUUUAGUCAGCCUUAGAUACUUCACUUUUGAAAAAUCUGAACUGAGUACCGUGAUGCCAAGUACAUUUCAAAACAAUGUACUACUGAAUGAUUUGCAUUUGAUGGAAAAUAAAUUGCAAGACCUCCCUGUACAGCUAUUCAGCAGCUUGCAGAAUUUACAAAGACUGUUCCUCAGUGGGAAUAAAAUUAGCCACCUUCCGCAGGAGCUAUUUCGUGGACUUGGUGAACUGAGACAACUGGACCUUUCUAAAAAUGCACUGAGAGUUAUUCCAGAAGGAAUCUUUGAUGACCUGUCCAACUUAGAGUCCUUGUCUUUGAAGGACAAUCAGAUCGAACACCUCCCAAGUAACCUCUUCUCUAGCCUAGAGAAUUUGGUAACUCUAUACCUCUCUCGUAACAAUCUGGUUCGCCUACCAGAAGGCAUUUUUUUGCAUGUUACGAGGCUUCAGAAAUUAUCCCUCUUCCAGAAUCGACUGGAGAACCUUGGUACCAGUGUCUUUGGCCCACUGUUGCUUACUGAACUCUGGCUUUACAGCAACAAUCUAACUCGUUUGGAGGACGGCAUUUUUCGCAACUUGACCAAGCUUCAGCUUCUUAUCCUGAGUCGGAAUUCCAUCUGCUCUGUCUCGGCGGGGGCUUUUGCGGGCCUGAGUGACCUGAGGGAGGUGUCCCUGCACACAAAUCGCUUGGUCAGCCUUGAGGAGGGCACCUUUGCGCAUCUGAACAAUCUAGUCAACAUUUCCCUGAGGCACAAUCAAAUCCAAUCCCUGCCAAGGGGGAUUUUUCACAACCUGCCCAGAUUGAGGUGCGUUAACCUGCAUGACAACUCUCUGUACAACCUUCACACAGAACUCCUGAACUCACUGCAGGACACUGAGGAGAUAGUGCUUUCUCAAAACCCCUGGAGAUGUGACCAUGAUAUCAUUCCUUUCAGAAACUGGCUCCAAGCCCAUUGGUCCAAGGUGCCAAACCUCACCUCAGUUGUCUGCCAAACACCCCUUAACUUGAGCAGAAUCAAUAUUGCAAAGCUGACUGACAAGGAUCUGGGCCGUUAUAAACGAUUCUUGUCAAGGGCUAUGACCCUCAUCGCCGUCACUUUAAUCUCCACCUCGGUGAUCUCAAUUACCUUUCUGUGUUGCCUUUUCCGGAGAAGCCUGGACAGAAAGUAUUGCCUGUCAAACUUUAGCAGGGACUCAUUAACAUCAGCCAAUGUCCAAGCACCACAGUAACUGGGAAAAAUACAGAAUGUGUUUC